CCGUGCCAGUUCAUAUGAUAACUGUUGGUGUUGCUGACUGUCUGUGUUCCGUUCAGGACCUGGUCUUCUUGUCACACCGCAGUAACUAGUACUUUUAAUGGUGAUAUCGUGUUAAUUUAACUUUCAACAUUGCUUCUUCAGCGAAAAGGAUAAACUAAAAGAUGGCUGUUGCUGUCAGGGCAUUUUCAAAAUUUACAGUUAGAAACUGUAGUAGUUUAUUGCGGUCCCAAGUGAGAUUUAAUUACACAGAAACUAGGAAAAAUUUAAAAAUUGAUGCAAAUACCAAAGUAAUAUGUCAAGGUUUUACUGGAAAACAAGGAACUUUUCAUUGUCAACAAGCCCUGGAUUAUGGUACAAAAAUAGUAGGUGGAGUUAAUCCUAAAAAGGCAGGCUCAGAGCAUCUUGGAAAACCAGUAUUUAAGUCAGUUAAGGAGGCAAAAGAUGCAACUGGAGCAACUGCAACAGUCAUUUAUGUUCCUCCUCCAGGUGCAGCAGCAGCCAUCAUGGAAGCUGUGGAUGCUGAAAUGCCAUUAAUUGUUUGUAUUACAGAAGGUAUACCUCAGCAUGACAUGGUCAAAGUGAAAAGGCGUUUACUUGAACAGAAUAAGUCACGUUUAAUUGGCCCAAAUUGCCCUGGAAUAAUAGCACCUGAACAGUGUAAAAUUGGCAUUAUGCCUGGUCACAUACAUCAAAAAGGAAAGAUUGGUAUUGUCUCAAGAUCAGGAACUUUAACUUACGAGGCUGUGAAUCAAACAACACUUGCUGGACUUGGGCAAACGUUAUGUGUUGGCAUUGGUGGCGACCCAUUUAAUGGUACUGAUUUUAUCGACUGUCUGGAUAUAUUUCUUACGGAUCCAGAAUGCGAUGGCAUAAUUAUGAUAGGAGAGAUCGGUGGUAGUGCGGAAGAAUUGGCAGCGGAAUAUCUCAUCGAGAAUAAUUCUGGUGGAAAAGCUAAACCUGUAGUGUCAUUUAUUGCUGGUCUAACUGCACCACCUGGUCGAAGAAUGGGCCAUGCUGGUGCUAUAAUCUCCGGAGGGAAGGGUGGCGCGCAAGAUAAAAUUAACGCACUCGAAAAAGCUGGUGUGAUAGUAACGAGGAGUCCUGCGCAAAUGGGUAAUGAGCUUCUGAAGGUAAUGACACGGCUGGGCUUGAUUAAUUGAAACAUACGUUGCCACGAUUCCGUGUAGUCUCUUUCGUGUCUGUGUAUCUUCAUGAAAUAAAUUGAAAGUAUAAGUCAUGCAACAAAAUGACUUACAGAACAGAAGUAGCAUAACACAUUGAAACACGAAAAUUUUAAUCACUAAUAUAUUGACUGUUUUUAUGAGACAUCAAUCAAUGCUAUUAUCGAAGAUUACAAUUAAUAUGUGGAAGAUGGCUUAUAUUUUUUGAAGAACUGGGUUUAUCUUAAACAAACAUCAUUUGCAAUACUUUCACAGAAUCAGUUAUUAUGUUAAUAAUGACAGAUUUCCAAUGAUAAUUUAUGAAUUAUCCAAAGAAAUGUCAACUGCCACUAACCUGUCGUUAAGACAAAGUUAUAAAUUUUUCUAUGGUAUUAUAGUUUUAAACAGUAAUUCAAACACAUAAUGUACUAUUAUUGUAAAUCAAGCAUAUAUAUUAUAAUUAACAUGAAAUUCUAUGGAAUAUAUAUAUAUCCUGAUUGUAAAACAUGUUAAAAAUUGAAAUAUAUAAAUAUUGCUGCUUGUUCCCACACAA